UGCAGGAACACCUGGUGGCAUCGGCAUCGGCAUCCGCAGGGCGCAGUAACUGAUCCGCAGCUGCUCCACAUCGAGUGCAAAUCCGAUUACCCAAAGACAAAGUGUGCCAACGCCACACGACCAACGAGAACAACGCCCCCACCCAGAAAAACUCUAUAGAAACCAGCCAGCGGAAGUGGAAUCCACGCUCCACUGGUCACUACACACACGAUGCACCUCAGCGCGGACAUUUCCAGCGCCCUGCAGCAGAUCGAGGCUGUGAAGAAGGGCAUCGAUGAGUCCGACGAUCCCAAGCUGCAGAUGCAGACGGCGGAGAGCCUGAGCACCAUUCUGGGCAUCCUGCAGGAUCCCGUCUUCCGCACCAUCGUCCAUGUGCAGGACUCGCUCUCCGAGCUGAAUGCCCAGCUCGCCCAGCAUCCGUCCAUGUUGCCCAAUGACUUUGACAUCGAUGUGGCCGGCAAUCUGGUGCUCAGUUUAAAUGGCGGUGAGGUCAUGUACGACUUUGAGGAUCAGCGCUCCUCCUCGCACUCCCAUUCGGCGCCCGGAAGUCCGGAUAAGGGGGGAGAGGAGCCGCGUCCGCAGAGCCAGAACUCCAAGGGCGCCGGCGCAGCGGAUCUGUAUGCCACGGACUACGCGCAGAUUCAGGCCAUUGAGCUGGUCAACGAUGGAACGGGUCUGGGAUUCGGCAUCAUUGGAGCCCGCAACUCGGGAGUGAUUGUCAAGACCAUAUUGCCAGGUGGAGUGGCCGACAGGGAUGGUCGCCUGCGCUCGGGGGAUCACAUCCUGCAGAUAGGCGAUGUAAAUCUGCAUGAAAUGGUCUCCGAACAGGUGGCUGCCGUUUUGAGGCAAUCUGGAACCCAUGUCCGCCUGGUGGUCGCCCGUCCCGUUGAGCAGAACGUGCCCACGCCUCAGUACGCCCUGGAACCUGGCACUGCCGUGGUGCCCACCCGCGUCCUCGUCGAUCCCGCCGAGCUGGAGCGUUACCUCAUCUCCACCGGCUAUCCGGAGAUCUUUGGCGAGAGCUCCACGGCCUCCACGCCGCAGACGACCACGGAGGAUGAUCGCUUCGUGUAUCGCGGCGAGACCUCCAUGCUCAUAGACCCCAACAUCGAUCUGGAGGAGCUGCUGGCCCUGCCGGAGACGGAGAAGCUGCAGGUCGAGCUGAAGAAGGAUGCCAACGGCCUGGGCAUCACCAUUGCCGGCUACGUUUGCGAGAAGGAGGAGUUGUCGGGGAUUUUCGUGAAGAGCGUCUCGCCGGGAUCGGCGGCAGACCUCAGUGGACGCAUCCGGGUCAACGAUCGCAUCAUCGAGGUGGACGGCCAGUCGCUGCAGGGCUACUCGAAUCACCAGGCCGUCGAGCUGCUGAAGAAAUCCGGUCAGGUGGUGAAUCUCCGCCUGGAACGCUACUUGCGUGGCCCCAAGUUCGAGCAACUGCAGCAGGCAAUCGCGGCCAAUGACAAGCUUCCGUCCAGUGCUCCUGGAACGCCUUCGAGGGCGCCCCUGCCCACGCCAGUGGCCACCACAUCCUCGGCCACCACCACACCAUCACGCAGUAUCACCAGGGAGUUGGAGGAGGAGGCUGUGCCGGCGCCAGAGGCAUUUAUGACCACUCCCCCGUCGGUCACCACCAUGACCACCACCACUUUGAGCUCCUUUGGAGCGGGUAAGCAACUGGUGGCCGUAAGGGAUUCACUGGAUGGCUCCACGAAGAUCAUACCCACCGAGGUUGUGCCUUUGGCGGAGAAAACAGAGGCCAAAAACAGCGGUGUGAUCACGCGUCACAAGUACUACACCGAUCCGGAGCUCUCGGAUGACGCGGAAAGCGAGAUCAUCCGCAAGUGGCAGAAGAUUGUGGGCUCCGAUGUGGAGGUCAUAGUGGCCCAGAUCAAGAAGUUCGCCGUGGGCGGUUUGGGCAUCUCCUUGGAGGGAACCGUGGACGUCGAGGGAGGACGCGAGGUGCGACCCCAUCACUACAUUCGUUCCAUCCUGCCCGAUGGACCUGUGGGUGUGAAUGGUGUCCUCCGCUCGGGAGAUGAGCUUUUAGAAGUUAAUGGCGAGCGUUUGCUGGGCAUGAAUCACCUGGAGGUGGUGGCCAUACUCAAGGAACUGCCGCUGGACGUGCGCAUGGUGUGCGGUCGCAACCGGAACACCUCGCUGCUGCCCUUCUCCGAUGACACGUUGAAAAAGCUGAGCAACAACUUUGAGAACCUGCUGCCGGCCACCGAUCGCCUGGUGAAGGCCAAAUCGGAUGGCAGCCUGGCCACCGCGGGCUCCGUGGCCGAUGGCGAUUCGGUGGCUGCUGCCGCCGCCUCCUUUAGCAAGCUCAAGUCGCGUUCACUGGAGCCGCUCACGGGAUUGGCCAUGUGGUCAUCGCAGCCGCAAAUCAUCGAACUGGUCAAGGGCGAUCGUGGACUGGGCUUCUCCAUACUGGACUAUCAGGAUCCGCUGGAUCCCAACGAUACGCUGAUUGUAAUUCGUUCCCUGGUGCCCGGUGGAGUGGCCCAAUUAGAUGGACGCCUCAUUCCCGGCGAUCGUCUGCUGUUUGUGAACUCCAUCAACCUGGAGAACGCCUCGCUGGACCAGGCGGUGCAGGCCUUGAAGGGCGCCUCCAAGGGAGUGGUGCGCAUUGGCGUGGCCAAACCGCUGCCCAUGACGGACAACUCGCUGAAGGCCUGCAGCAAUGCCAGCACCACCAGCGAGGAGACCCUGGAUGCCCAGCCAUCGCCGCCAGCGCUGCCCACAGCUGCUCCGCCCGCAAUGCCGCUGGGAGCCGAGCCGGAUUUGAUUCCCGACUGGCGGAAUUAGGAAGUAAUCGAGGAAGAAACAUUCCAGGCAGCUGAAUCUUUAAAACUAGAGUUACACAACCGAUUGUUAUUACCGAAUCAAAAUGUUAUGCAUAUUAUUAGCACCGAAUUGUGUUUGUCCCCCUCAACGAAACGAGCAUUCCACACCAGCAUGCAAUAUCUAAAACAAACCACUAGUAUUAGCAAAUGAAUUUUAACAUGUAUGAUGUAUGUACUUAAACUAAAUUAAAUAAUGUACCUUCCGUA